UGCCAUGUCUUUUUCAUGCUCUUAGUUGUUUCUCUGUCCAAGGUUCUGAAAUACACCCGCUAGGAAACGACUCACGUGACCCCACAGCCUUCUCCGCACCGCGCGCACUGCUAGCUGGAGGAUUUCACGUGAGAACACGACCAACAGUCAUUCGCGUGCUGUUAUCCUCUCUGCACUCCUGGUCUCUCAGAUUUAGUAGAUAUCGUCUGGAUUAAAAAAAAAAAGCACGGGUUCAGACUAAACUGAGUAUUCGUUACAUUUAGGAUGAAAGACUUAAACAUUCUUCGUUUCCUGCCUUUUUCUUCACUCCACGCCAACACGGUGAUUGCUGCGGAUGGGCAGAACGUGCUUUAGUUGGCCACUAAUCAGGAAAGUGCACGUCUGUAUGGGCAUCUCUCUGUAAGAAGAUGUAAGGAUCAACAAGCUUUCUCCCCUAACAAGCAUCUUGCAAACAAAAAUGCAGAAGGGAAUACGACUUAAUGAUGGCCAUGUCACCUACCUGGGUCUCUUGGCAAAGAAAGAUGGUACGCGACGAGGCUGCUUGAGCAAAAAGAGCUCAGAUAACACAAAAUGGCAUACCAAGUGGUUUGCAUUACUGCAGAAUAUGCUAUUUUAUUUCGAGAGCGAGUCCAGCUCUCGACCUUCGGGAUUAUACCUGUUGGAAGGUUGCGUCUGUGACAGGUCGCCUUCGCCAAAACCUUCUCAGUCAGCUAAGGAGUGCUUAGAAAAACAGUACUAUUUCACGGUCAGCUUCAACCAUGAGAACCAGAAGGCCCUGGAGCUCCGCUCCGAGGACGUGAAGGACUGCGACGAAUGGGUGGCAGCAAUAGCACAUGCCAGUUACAGGAACCUGGCCACAGAGCAUGAGACCCUCAUGCAGAAGUAUCUUCAUCUACUCCAAAUCGUGGAGACAGAGAAAACGGUUGCUAAGCAACUUCGACAACAGAUAGAGGAUGGGGAAAUUGAGAUUGAACGCUUAAAAUCUGAGAUUUCUGGGCUCCUGAAAGACAAUGAGAAGAUCCAGACAAACCCCACACAAACUGGCACACCCAGUGAGGAUGACUCUGAAAUCAAGAAGAUCAAGAAAGUUCAGAGUUUUCUGCGUGGCUGGAUGUGCCGGAGGAAGUGGAAGACCAUCAUCCAAGACUACAUCCGCUCGCCGCACGCUGAGAGCAUGAGGAAGCGGAACCAGGUGGUGUUCAGCAUGCUGGAGGCCGAGGCUGAGUACGUCCAGCAGCUGCACAUCCUGGUCAACAACUUCCUGCGGCCGCUGCGCAUGGCCGCCAGCUCCAAGAAGCCGCCCAUCACCCACGACGACGUCAGUAGCAUUUUCCUCAACAGUGAGACCAUCAUGUUUCUCCAUCAGAUCUUUUACCAAGGAUUGAAGGCGAGGAUAGCAAGCUGGCCAACAUUAGUCUUGGCUGACCUUUUUGACAUCCUGCUGCCCAUGCUGAACAUCUACCAGGAAUUUGUGCGCAACCACCAGUACAGCCUGCAGAUUCUGGCUCACUGCAAGCAGAACCGUGACUUCGACAAGCUGCUCAAGCAGUACGAGGCCAAGCCGGACUGUGAGGAGCGCACCCUGGAGACUUUCCUCACCUACCCCAUGUUCCAGAUUCCUCGCUACAUCCUUACCCUUCACGAGCUGUUGGCUCACACACCCCAUGAGCACGUGGAGAGGAACAGCCUGGACUAUGCCAAGGGCAAGCUGGAGGAGCUCUCCAGGAUAAUGCAUGAUGAGGUCAGCGAGACGGAGAACAUCAGGAAGAACCUGGCUAUCGAGCGCAUGAUAGUGGAGGGCUGUGAGAUCCUCCUGGACACCAGCCAGACCUUUGUCAGACAAGGAUCCCUGAUCCAGGUGCCCCUGAGUGAGAAGGGGAAGAUCACGCGCGGGCGGCUGGGCUCCCUGUCCCUGAAGAAGGAAGGGGAGAGGCAGUGCUUCCUCUUCUCCAAGCAUCUCAUCAUCUGCACGCGUGGCUCUGGGGGAAAGCUGCAUCUCACUAAGAACGGGGUGGUCUCGCUGAUCGACUGCACACUGAUCGAGGACCCAGAGGGCACGGAUGACGAGGUCAAAACAGACAAGUCUGGUCAGGAUAUGGAGCAUUUGGACUUCAAGAUCAUGGUGGAGCCCAAAGACACCCAGGCCUUCACAGUCAUUCUAGUGGCCUCCUCCAGACAGGAGAAGUCUGCCUGGACCAGUGACAUUAGCCAGUGUAUAGACAACAUCCGCUGCAAUGGCCUGAUGAUGAACGCCUUCGAGGAGAACUCCAAAGUCACUGUGCCCCAGAUGAUCAAGUCGCCCUUUGCGCUGCUGAACAGGUCGGACGCCAGCCUGUACUGCGACGAUGUGGACAUCCGCUUCAGCAAGAUGAUGAACUCGUGCAAGGUGCUGCAGAUCCGCUACGCCAGCGUGGAGCGUCUGCUGGAGAGGCUGACUGACCUGCGUUUCCUCUCCAUCGACUUCCUCAACACCUUCCUCCACUCCUACCGGGUCUUCACCACCGCCGACGUCGUCCUCGACAAGCUCAUCACCAUCUACAAGAGGCCCAUCAGCGCCAUACCGGCCCGGUCUUUGGAGCUGUUUUUCGCCAGCAGUCAGAACAACAAACUUCUUUAUGGGGAGCCCCCCAAGUCUCCCCGGGCCAGCCGCAAGUUCUCCUCCCCUCCACCCCUCGCCAUCACCAAGACCUCAUCCCCGAACCGGCGGCGCAAGCUCUCGCUCAACAUCCCCAUCAUCACCGGGGGCAAGGCGCUGGACCUAGCUGCCCUGAGCUGCUCCUCCAACGGCUAUGCAAGCAUGUACUCCACCAUGUCACCCUUCAGUAAGACCACGCUGGACAUCAACAAGCUCUACGUGUCCAGCACCAUCACCAGCAAGAUCUCGGACGAGGGCGAGGGCAAGGCGGACAAGGCUGAGGAAUCAUCCGCUUCACACGGCAAGCAAGACGGAUCUGUACGGGAGGAGAGCGACAACGACCAGACCCAGAGCGACGAAGCCGAAGCCGAGGCGUCCCCUACCAAGUCGCCGACCACGCCGAAAAACGUGAAAUGCAAGAACUCCUCAGAGUUCUCCCUUUUCUCCUACAACAACGGAAUGGUGAUGUCGUCCUGUCGGGAGCUGGACAACAACCGCAGUGCCCUCUCUGCAGCAUCUGCCUUCGCCAUCGCUACGGCCGGUGCCAACGAGGGCACGCCCACCAAGGAGAAGUACCGCCGCAUGUCCCUGGCUAGCACAGGAUUCCCCACUGACCAGAGAAAUGGUGACAAGGAGUUUGUCAUACGGAGAGCAGCAACCAAUAGAGUCCUCAAUGUAUUGAGACACUGGGUGUCCAAACAUUCACAGGAUUUUGAAAGCAACACUGAGCUGAAGAUGAAGGUCAUCAGCUUCCUGGAGGAAGUGAUGCAUGACCCUGAGCUGCUGACCCAGGAAAGGAAAGCUGCAGCCAACAUCAUAAGGACUCUCACACAAGAGGAUCCUGGUGACAGUCAGAUCACCCUGGAUGAGAUCAUUCAGAUGGCGGAGGGAGGGAAGGCAGAGCCCUUCGAGAGCCACUCUGCACUGGAGAUUGCAGAGCAGCUCACUCUUCUGGAUCACCUGGUGUUCAAGGUCAUCCCGUAUGAGGAGUUCUUUGGGCAGGGCUGGAUGAAGAAUGAUAAGAAUGAAAAGACACCCUACAUUAUGAAAACUACAAAGCAUUUCAAUGAUAUAAGCAACCUGAUUGCCACAGAGAUCCUACGCUGUGACGAUGUGAACUCACGGGUGGCAGUGAUGGAGAAGUGGGUGGCAGUUGCCGACAUCUGCCGCUGUCUCCAUAACUACAACGCCGUGCUGGAGAUCACCUCCGCACUCAACCGCAGCUCUGUUUUCCGACUUAAGAAGACCUGGCUCAAAGUGUCCAAGCAGACUAAAGCCGUGAUUGACAAGCUACAGAAGCUGGUCUCAUCUGAAGGGAGGUUCAAGAACCUGAGGGAAGCUUUGAAGAACUGUGACCCUCCCUGUGUGCCAUAUUUGGGUAUGUACCUGGCGGAUCUGGCCUUCAUUGAGGAGGGCACCCCUAACUACACAGAAGACAACCUGGUCAACUUCUCCAAGAUGAGAAUGAUCUCACAUAUCAUCAGAGAAAUUAGACAGUUCCAGCAAACAGCCUACAAAAUUGACCAUCAGCCAAAGGCGGCUCAGUAUUUGCUGGAUAUCAGCUGCGUGCUUGAUGAAGAGAGUCUGUAUGAAGCCUCUCUCAGAAUUGAGCCGAAAGUGCCCAACUGAAGGGGGAGAAGAAGCUCCUUCAUUGCACGCGCACACAGUGUACAGAAACUAUAUCAUAUGCGUAAACAAUAACUUGUGUUAGGUAAUGUACAACAUAUUACUCUUGUAUGUAUCCUUGUUUUAGAAGAUGUGGGGGGGGGAGAGGAAACAUUUCCAGAUGUUACCAGUUUGAAUGUGUAACUCUGAUGUCUCAUCUGUUGUUGAAGAUAUUAUGCCUCUCUCUCUCUCUCUCUCUCUCUCAAUCUCUCUCUCUCACAAUUUCUCUCUCUCUCUCUCUCUCAGCAAAAAAGUAUAACAAAAACAAAGCAAAAUUAUAUUAGACUCUAGGUUUUUACAGUUAUGGCAGUUGCAGAUUUAGACUUUAGACUGGUAAAAGAAUAAAUCCACAUGUUACAACCUAAAUUGAUCUACGCCUUUACCUGAAGUGAAUGUUUGCACUUCCUGCAUGGUCAUAUGACCGCAAGGCCCGUCUAUGGAGCAGAGGAUAACUGUUAUGUGUGUAUUUGCAUCCAAUGUAGCAAUGCUAUGCUCUGAUGAAGUUGCCCAUAGCACAAAGAGAAACAACUGGAUAUUGUACAACAUUUGAGAGCUACAGGCCUUCAAACAACUUUAAAAGGUUAAUUCCUUUGUUUGUUUGGCCAUGAACUAAACCUACUAAUUUCAGAGAGGCCCUUGAAAUCAUUCUCCACCUAAGACAUCUGGCCUCCAUGGGUAGUCAAACAUUCGGGCAUACCCACAUAUUAGCAUGCUGUCUCUUAAUGUGAGCAAUGUAAAAUUCAAAAUGCUGAUGUCCAAAUCCCCAUCUGAUCUCUUAUGUUUAAGAUGAGAUUGUUUGUUUAAAGGGGACAGCUGUCAGUGCAGUUGCAUGAGAUCUUUCACCUGGUUUUACUGAUGAUCACCAAAGGGAGUAAAAUAUGCUGCAGUAAAUAAAUAGAUGUGUCUUUUUGACAGUUUUUUUUUUUUUCAAAAUAUUGGGCCUAGAUGUAAAAUCGUUUUUUACCAUUGAUUUGCUCACUUUAUUUCUUACCUAUGUGGGCCUUCUCUAGAGGAGCACCAAAAGAGGAUAGAUAAAUACAUAGACAUUAAUUAAUGCAAAUGCACUCAAUCCAGAGUCAUUGUUUGGGCCAAUCUGUAUCUCUCCAUCAAAAAAGUUAUCUAGCUAUUGUAUAAUAAAAAGACAAUCUAUGUCCUUCUUGCUGUUCCAGUGAUUGUGGAACGUGACUGUAUACCACUUUGUAAAAUGCAUUGUCGUUUAAGAGUAUGAUCAAAACUAAGGGAAUGAACUGCUUCGCCUGCAGCAAAACAAAGGCUAUUUUUGUAGUCUUAGAAUAAGGGAAAAAGGAUUCUGCAUCCUUAACAGAAAAUGAAAAAAAAAAGUAUUUUGUACAAAUGCUAUCAAAUCACCAAACAAAGAUGUAUUCUGUAUAUUUUGGACAUGUAGCCCUACAUAUUUCUUAAUGUGUACCCCUGUAAAGCACACCUCUUUAAAGCAUAUCCUAAGCUUACACACUCAAAUGCUAUGAUUUGUGAUUUUCAACCAUGAUCUAGAGGUAGAUGACAACUUCAAAGUGUUUUGCAUAUACUGUAAUCCUGUCUAUAAUCACUCUCUUAGCAGGAAUAUAGUAAUGUAGUGCUUAUUCUGUGAAUAUUUGUAUGUAUUUUUACAAUGUACAGUCUAGAACACACACAACGCUCAUGUGGCAGGCAUGCAACACUGUAUCAGCCAGAAUCUUUGAAAUGACACAUAUAUAUAGAAAUAUAUAUAUAAAUAUAUACAUACUGUAUACACAUCUACGUGCACAUACUCUUAUAAAUGAUAUAUAAACAUACAAACAAACGUUUUGCUGUUAGCAAUACCCAGUGGUAUGAGAAUUAUCUUUCAACCCUUAAGUUUAUUUCCACGGCUUGAGAAACUAUUUCCAGUUUUGUAAGAAAAAAAUAUUUAAAAUAACUAUUGUAUGUUUCCUUAUUACCUCUUGCUAAUAAAUCUAUUCUAUCUCAGGGGGA